AUGGUUGACCGUACAAGGAGCAAGAUUCUUAUAAGAGAAUAUAACGAAGAUAAAGAUGUUAAAAUGGUGAGAAAACUAGAGAGGAACUCUGAGAUUGGAGCUAAAAAGGUGGUCUCCAUUUUUACCAACAUGAUGGGUGACCCUUUAUCUAGGAUUAGGUUUUUCCCUCUUCGUGUAAUGCUGGUAGCUGAGCUUCUAGAGAGCAAGGAACUAGUUGGAGUGGUUAGAGGAGUCAUUAAGAAUGUAGGGACUCUUUCUGGGUCACUCUUGAAGAUGGGUUACAUCCUAGGCCUCAGAGUCUCUCCUUCUUACAGGAGAAAGGGGGUUGCACUGAGACUUAUUGCUGCAGUUGAAGAAUGGAUGGUGAGAAAUGGAGCUGAGUAUGCAUUCCUAGCCACUGAAAAGGACAAUGAUGCUUCCAAAAACCUAUUCACAAUCAAAUGCAAUUAUGUGAACCUAAGCUCACUUGUCAUAUUUGUCCAACCAAUUAGUUCCAUCACAAAGCACAUUUCCAGGGACAUAAAAAUAGAGAAAGUGGACAUAGAUCUAGCAAUUUCGUUAUACAGAAGAACCUUGAAAACCAAAGAUUUGUAUCCACUAGACAUGGACGUUAUUCUGAAGGAGAAACUCAGCGUAGGCACAUGGGUAAGUUAUUAUAAGAGGGAGGGCUGGCUCAAUUUGCGAAGCAAGGUAGAUAAUGAAGAAGAUCUCAUUAGCAGUGAAACUUCAAACUCAUCAUGGGUAAUUUUUAGUAUUUGGAACACUUGUGAAGCUUACAAGCUUCAAAUCAGAAGGUCUCAACUAGUAAGGUUUCUUCUUACAACCUUAAAUCAUGCAAGAGAGAGAGUUUUCCCUUGUCUCAAAAUGUCGGUGAGUAACUCACUUUGUAGAUCCUUUGGUUUCCUCUUUCUUUAUGGAAUCUAUGGACAGGGAGAGAACCUUGGAGAGCUCAUGGAAUCUAUGUGGAGAUUCACAUCAAGAGUGGGAGAAGGAAUGAGGGACUGUAAGGUGUUUAUAACUGAGUUAGGGUUUGGUGAUCCACUUGCCAACCAUGUUCCUCAAACAGAUUCCAUCUCGUGUAUCGAUGAUCUAUGGUACACAAAGAGACUUUCAACCCACGUUGAUGAAAACAUUGAUGAAAUAUUGAUGAGACAAGUGGGAAAUGUGUUUGUUGACCCUAGAGAUUUUUAG